AUGGUGGGGAUAAGGAUAGCGCCGAUGAUGCUAGCGACGCUGCUGUUGUCGCAUGUUGCUGUAGCAAGGAUAGAGAACAACUUCUACAGUAACCGCAAUCACGACGUGGACUUCAGCAGUAGCAGCAGCAUCGAGAAUGACGGCAUGAGUCGCCUUGAUGGAGGAGUUGACGGAUGGAGCCUUGAAGGCACGACAAGUAGCGACGAGCUGUCGAGAUGGGGGGUAGGACUGCGAGGCAACAGGAAGGAGUUGUUAGCUGCAAGCGUUCGAAAGGUUUUGUAUGGGCACGAUGAACUCGGAAUUCGAGCCAUCGAGAAAAAUUUUGCCGACGUUGACGACAACGCAAAGCAUCAAUGGAUUAUUCAUGUAAAGCCUCCUUUCAAAUCAGAUUUGAGACAGAAAAUCGCUUCAUCUUUGAAUUGUGCAAAAGAUGAUCUAAACUACAUUCCUCAUGGUACUUUUCAUGUUUUUACAAGCUCAGCUCAGAUCAGAAGCUUGAAACAGCUCGUUCCUGAAGUAGUAUGGGUCAAGCCUUUGCUUCCACACCACAAGCUAUCACACGAAGUUUAUCGCGAUUUCAUCUUUCAAAAUAGUUCUGUUCAUCAUUUAAAUGCCAAGGAGCAUAUUGAGUUGUAUAUUGCAAUUAGCGAGCCUGCAGAGAGCAGAGAGCUCGAGGUUUGGAGCCAUGAUCUAGGGGUGACCCUUCGAUCCAUCUCAUCAAAGAAGUUGUAUGCAAAGAUACAUAGAUCGAAAGUGCAAAUGGCUGUUUCUUUCUUGCUGCGACAACCCGGAACUCACUGGAUCGAACCGAAGCAGCAAGCCAAGCUCCGGAACAAAUGGGCUAAAGGCAUCAUUCAAAGUGGUGAUGCAAGCCAAAUGCCGAUUUUUUCCAAGGGGAUCACAGGAACUGGACAGAUACUGGGAAUUGCAGAUACAGGAAUAGAUAUGAAUCUAUGCUUCUUCUAUGAUGCCGAUCACCCGGCCCCGUACAACACUGUCAAUCGAAACCAUCGCAAGGUGAUCAGUUACCGCGGACGAGCUGGACAAGGAAACACUUGGGAUGAGGAAGGUCAUGGGACCCACACAACGGGCUCUUUGUCUGCUAAGGCUCUCACAAGUCCUCAAUCUGAUUUCAACGGAAUGGCUCCUGACGCAAAGAUUGUUUUCGAUGAUAUCUUUCAAAACGGAGAUUUGACGCCUCCUGAUGAUUUGGAACACGAUCUUUUUCCGGAGCCUUACUCGCUGGGAGCUGCGGUGAGGUCAGAAUCAUGGGGUGGGGAUAGCAUUUUCUACACCACGUCGGCCAAGGAGAUCGACUCCUUCUCAUACUCUCAUAGAGCGGGCAACGAUGGAGAUUUGGGUCUCUUUACGAUCGGAUCUCCAGCCACAGCCAAAAACAUUCUUUGCGUCGGUGCACAGCAGAGCACGAUGGAAUCUCUUAUGCUGGAGACCUCUGACACCACCUUCAUCACGCUGUCAGCUGAGAAUGACGAAUUAGAAAAGCAAAAGAUCAUGGCGAAGUGGGCAAGUUUUGGCAAUAAGGGUGAGAUAUCCGGUUCCGUCGUGAUCGCAUCGCAAAUAGAAGCGUGUCAAGCACUGUCUAGCACUGCUAACGGAAAGAUUGUGUUGGUAGCCCGAGGAACUUGUGCUUUUACGACGAAGGCCAGCAAUGUGCAGAGUGCAGGAGGGAUUGCCAUGAUCGUGUAUGACAACGUCUAUGGAACCCCCGUGAUUAUGGGCGGAACGGAUGCGACAAUAACCAUCCGCUGUGUCUCAAUCUCAAGAUAUGAUGGCGAAACAGCCCUGUCAAUGCUGCAGAGUGCGAAUGGAGCUUAUUCCAUUCUUGCUUCCACCUCGGGCUCUGGCCCAGAUCUGUGGCAGCAGAAUCUGGCGUACUUCUCCGGAAAGGGGCCCACUGGCGACGGCCGGCUGAAGCCGGACAUCAUCACGCCCGGCGCAGAUAUCUGGUCGGCUAAGUCUGGCGGUCUCUCAACUCCAGCUGGACAGUGUGGUGGAGUGCCGCCGAAUGCAGGGGCUUGUGUGACUGGCAUGGGCGGAACUUCCAUGGCAGCACCGGUAGCUGCUGGGGGGGUAGCACUGAUACGACAAUAUUUCAUGGACGGCUGGUACCCCACUGGUGUGGCGGUGGCGAAUAACAAGUACACGCCGUCCGGGGCCCUUCUGCGAGCCAUGGCCCUGUCAGCAGGAAAGGCCUUGACCGGCACCUUGGAUGCAAGCUCGUAUGGUGGGAGUAGCUCCAAACCUCUGGACCAGCUGCUGCCCAACAACGAGCAAGGAUAUGGGUCUCUGAACAUCGAGCAAGCCCUUUACUUCCAAGAUCGAUCUGCGCACGGCCCCAAGAACUUAUGGAUUCGCGAUGAUCAGUCACCGCACUCCACGAAGUGUCUGGACACUGGAGAAGCAUCGGCCUUCAAGUUUCAGGUGCGGUCAAGUCAGUCCUUUAAGGUGACCAUUGCUUGGACAGACCCGCCAGCAACUCUCGUUUCAGAUGUUGUCUUGAUCAAUGAUCUUGACUUGAUGCUCUAUGGUCCAAACGACCGAAUGUGGAUUGGCAACAAUUUUUCUGCAUCGAACAUCAAUGGAGAUUCUUACUUCUAUGCCGACCGAUUGAACAACAAUGAGCAGAUCUUUGUCAAGGUUCCGAUCCCUGGCAACUACACGAUUGUGGUGAUAGGACAUGCAGUCCCACAGGGCCCGCAAUGCUACGGGAUCGUUGUCACCGGUGACUUUCAGUUCUUGGGGACUGUGGAUCCUCCUUGCAAGCAUUCUUGUGGAGUUCAUGGUCAGUGCGUAGCAGGCGAAUGCGUGUGUGAAGGGCUCUGGUCGGGACCAGACUGCUCUACGCCGAUUCCUCAAGUGAUCUCUGGGCAGACCAUCGAAGGUCUAGUCGAGCCCAACGCCUGGCAGUAUUACGCGGUGGACUUGGGGCCGUACGUGGGCGGAAGCUUCACAGCAACGAUGACGCGAACGUCCUCUGUCGGAGACCCAGACCUCUACAUCCAAGCCGGCUCUCUGCCGAGCUUGCUGCAUUACAGCAGCCUCUGCUCGUGCUCUAACCCGGGCGACCGAGCUCCUUGUGAGUGCAGAGAAAUCUCGUGCGACAGCUGCAGCGGGUCGGGGACGAACGUGGGGAGGACACUUUCUAGCGCAGCCAACACGAACAUGAAAGGGCUGCUCUUCAUCGGAGUGGUUGGCUUCUGCUGCGACACAGCUCACUUCACCCUUACUGUCAACUUCCACAGCAUGGGAUGCGACCAGCAGUUGGACUCUGGAAAGGUGUUUGGGUGCGAUGGAACUUGCAACUCCGGCAAGACGUUUGACGCGUGUCAAGUUUGCGAUGGAGAUGGCUCGACGUGUCUCGGCUGUGACGGCAAACCCAACAGUGGCAAAGUCUUGGACGUCUGCGGGGUCUGCGGGGGUGACGGCUCCUCUUGCAUGGGCUGCGAUGGAAUUCCUGACAGCGGCAAGGUGCUGGAUGUCUGCGGGGUCUGCGGGGGAGAUGGACAGUCUUGCAUGGGAUGCGACGGCAUUGCCUUCAGCGGCGUGAAGAAGGACGCGUGCGGCAUCUGUGGGGGAGACAACUCGACCUGCAAGGGGUGCGAUGGCAUUCCCAACAGCCACAACACAGUUGACGCGUGCGGAGUGUGCGGAGGCAACGGUUUGUCGUGUGUGGGAUGUGAUGGUGUGCAUGGAAGCGGAGCUAUGCUUGACGUCUGUGGAAUAUGUGGCGGAAACGGUAAGAGCUGCCUGGGGUGUGACAAUGUGACCAACAGCGGCUUACGCUUCGACGCUUGCGGAGUGUGUGGAGGAGACAACAGUACCUGCAUCGGUUGCGACAACAAGGUCAACGGCAAGAAGUUGGACGCUUGUGGCGUGUGCGGAGGCGACGGAUCGCUGUGCCUUGUUUGUAACACUGUGGUUGAUGCCUGCGGGAUUUGCGGGGGAAACGGAAGUUCAUGCGUGUGGUUGAAUGAAGCGACUGUGCCGGUGAAGGUAUCGGCAGCGAUUGCCCUUACUGGCAUCAGCGAUCAGGACUUCAGCCGUUUUGCUUACAACUCGUUUGUCGCCAGCAUCGCAGACACGACCAACGUCGAUCCUUCCAAGGUCAACGUCACCUCCGUUGCACAAGUCACCUCCAUGAGAGGGUAUAGACGGGGAACGGCCAGGAGGGAUCGAGGCUCUUCGUCCUCGUCCUCCAACGUGACGUCAACUCUCGUGGGGUUCACCAUCAAGCUUCAACGGGCUCAGAGAGCUGUGCAGCUCGCGAGUACUCUCAAGGCGGAGUUGAGCAACGGGCUGUUCGAGGAGAAGCUCUCGAGAGCACUCAAGUUCUCUGUCCGCGCGUCUCUUGUCCGUCCUCCCACCUUCGACGUCGACACUGAGAUCGUGCCUCCUCCUUCCUCGGGAGCUCAGCGGGGGAAGUUUUCUCCUGCUCUCGUCAUCUUGUGGGUCGCCUUGUACGUCCUGCUCGCAGGCCUCUUGUCCUUCUUCUUGUAUCGCCUGCCUCCUACAGUCGAGCGCUCUCCCUACCUUGUGUUCCUCCUCUGGCUCUUCUUCGGGAUCCUCGGCGUCCACAGGUUCUUCACUCAGACGCCCAAGGUCGGCCUCGUCUACUUCUUCACGCUCGGGGGGCUCGGGCUCGGCUGGUUGGGCGACUUGUACUGGCAGAGGGGAUACCUCUUCUCCUCCACGAGGAGAAAGAAGGUGCGUGCGAUCGGGACACGUGCGAAGAACAUGUUUCAGAACAGCACGCUGGCGGAGAAAUGGAAGAGGAACAGGCAGGUGCUGCGAAGCAAGCUCUUGAAGGAGAAGGCGGGAUACCAGAAGACCGAUGGAGCGGAGGAGGAAGGAGAAGACUCGCUCCAGGUCGCCGUUGAGGGUCCUGGUGAAGUGCUGCCUGAGGUGCUCAAGUCGAAGGAGGUCGAGCUGGGGCUGCUGCAGAGCGAGGGAGAGGCACGAGACCGGCAUCAGCUGGAGUGA